AUGUGGCUCGCCACAUGGGAUGGCGUGUACUUUGCCAACAUUGCGUGCCACGGCUAUCAACAUGAGCAGAACUUUGCGUUCUUCCCUGGUCUCGCAGCGAUUGGCUCGUGGGCGCGAGGGAUGCCGUCUUGCCGGUGCUGGGCAGCAGCCAGCAUUGAGGCGGCCAACGCGGUUGCAUUCUUCCUUGCCACUGCCAUGUUGUUCAAGCUCACACGCGAGGUGAUGGGCAACGAGAGGGAUGCGCGUGUUGCUGCGAUGUUGUUCGCUGUAAAUCCGGCGCUGCCAUUCUUUGGCGCAGCCUACACAGAGUCCAUCUUUGCGCUGCUCGUCUUCUCUGCACUGUAUUGGCUGCUGCUGCCUGCAAGCAUUCUCUUCGCACUGGCAACGUGCAUGCGGUCCAACGGCGUUGUCACUGCAGGCUUCGUUGUCCACUUUGCGCUGUGCACGUCCUCGUCAAUCCCGCGAGCGCUGGCCCGUGCAUGUUUCGGGGUAGCGAUCAUCGUUGCUCCCUUCAUUGCGUUCCAGGCAUACGCCUACACUGUGUUCUGCAUCGACCGCACGGGUGAUGAUGGUCACACAACUGUUGCAUAUGAUCCGCCACCACCAUGGUGCAACAGCACCAUUCCUUCCAUCUACGGGUACAUUCAACAUCAUUACUGGCACGUCGGCUUCCUCCAACAGUACCAGGCAGCGCAACUUCCCAACUUUGUGCUUGCUGCACCUGUGAUGGUUGCAUCUGUCGCUGCCGUGUGGACGCACACACAACAGGGCCACAAUCGCACAACGAUGAUGGCGACAACGACAACACCUGCAAUCACGCGUCCGCCCCGCACUCGUGCUCAUUGCAAUGCGACCGCUGGCGGGUUUGGGGAUGGGCGGGUGUUUGUUGUUGCCGUGUACCACGCCUUUCUGUCGCUCUUUGCGCUGCUCACCAUGCACGUGCAAGUGUCCACGCGCCUGCUCGCCUCUGCCUCGCCGCUGUUGUACUGGUUUGGCGCCCAUGUGUUUCGCACGGGUGCGUGGUGGCAAGGAAGUGUGUGGCUGCGCGUGUCGCUUGCAUAUGCCGUCAUGGGGACUGCCCUGCACGCCCUUUUCCUCCCAUGGACGUGA